AUGGAAUGCGCCUACUAUUGCCAAGGCACUGAGUGUGCCAAGCAGUGCGAUGGCGACCGCUGCGGCAGCUACUGCAGCGGCGAAUCUGGCAGCGAGGGGCAUUGCGCCUUUGCUUGCAAGGGCAGGCAAUGUGGCUUCGAGUGUAUCGGCACCAUGUGUGCAGCGCAGUGCAGCGGAGAACGCUGCGCUUACCGCUGCCAGGGCUCGCAUGAGGACGUGGGCAGUUGCGGCACCAAGUGCCAGGGCACCGAGUGUGCCUAUCGUUGCGAGGGGAGCAGCUGCGCCGAGCUCUGCCAAGGCGGGGCGCUUCCCUGGGCGCGCUGCGAGUUCGGACCUUGGGCAACGAGAAGAUCGAGAUGUUGUCAACCUCAAACAAGUGAAGGGGUGGCGUAG